CUACCUUCUACUGCGUGUUUGCCGAAUCUCAUGUUCCACGCCUUCCUAUUGUCAUCAAAAUCCUCCUUCGUCCCACAAUCUCGCCACUCAAACACGAUUUUCUUGCUUCAGUCGCUGAAAAUCCCCAAUUCAUUGUGAUUAGGAUGUCUGAUUCCAAGAAAGAUGUUACGUUCUCGUUGAAAGCUAUGGUGAAUGAAGAGAAAAGGAAGGUUCUAUUCGCAGAUGUCGACAGCACCUUUGCAGAUGUGUUGUUGAGCUUCCUCACAUUGCCAUUGGGAACGAUCGUGAGAAUCUUGAAGAAGCACUAUGAAGAUGAACAGCCUGUGUUUGGAAGCUUAACCACUUUAUACAAUGGUUUAGAAAAUCUUGAUAGUGUCCAUUUUUGGACAAAAGGUGCUAAGUCGAUUCUGCUCCAUCCACAAAGUUCAUCCGAUGAUCAACGUAAAAGGCUAAAGCUUGAUGUUAGUGAUUCCCCGCCAGCUGAGUACUUCGUUUGUGAAAAGGACUGCGAUGAAAGUACUAGUUUCGACGGCGAAAGCAUGUACCAUGAUAAUGUCAUAGCAUGCAAAUACAGCAAAUCUCAUUCAACGAAAAGAAAAGUAGCUGGUAUUCAAACCACUCCUUGUGAUGAUGGAGUUUUUACCAUUAAUACAGCAUCUUUCGUUGUCACUGAUGAUCUAUGUAUAGUUCCUACUUCUUCGGGGCUGUUGCAGAUUGUCAGCUUUCUUGGCAUUACAGACAUGGACAAGGCCAAGCAAGUAAAUGUGACUUUUGGGUAUGCUGAGGUUAUCGCUUUGCUCAAGGCUUCCUUGAUGUCCUCGACCCCAUUGUCGGAUGUCAUAUUCAGUAAAACAGGACAGGUGAAGUCUACAGCAUUGAAACUUCAACAUAUGACUUUAUCGGAUCAAAUUGGAAAUGCACCAAUAUCCAACUCCAAGAAGAUGACUUUGAAAUUGGUUGUACAAAAAUCUACUAACAAGGUCUUGUAUGCUCAAGCCGAGGAAGAUUUCGUAGAGCUUCUGUUCAGCUUCCUCAUAAUCCCACUAGGAGGCGUGCAGCGCCUUCUAGCGAGUAACUCUCUUAAUAAGUGUAUGGACUUAUUAUACAUGAGUGUGGCUGAUCAUAUACACAGCAAAUAUUUGAAGACUGGUGCAAGAAACUUGCUAAUCAAGCCCAAGAUACCUCACGGCUAUGUUUCCGAAAACCACAUUCUUCCUCUCCCUGAAGAAGGCUUGUCUGGUUUCUACCAAGAUAUGUUGAAUCUUUUUUCUUCUGUGAAGUUUCCAAAUGGCCGGGGGAAAUACCUCAAGGCACCGAGAACUUUCAUGGUGACCGAUGAUUUAACUGUUACACCUCUUUGCAUUGCUUCGGCGCUUUCCUUUCUCAACGAGAUGAAAAUCCCUAUGUCUGAUGUCAAAGAAGUUGAACUGCAAAUUGGGUUGAAAGAGGCUUUAGACAUAUUGAGAGCAUCCCUUACAUCUGAUUCUGCUUUAUCCAAUGGUUUGAAUCUGAGCAAUCAAAUAUCUCAAAAACAAAAGAACCAAGGAUGUCAAGUGCAGCCCCAAGUAGGCUUAUGAUAUUACUAGUCAUAUUUUGUUUCGUGGCCAUUUUCUCAAGCACAUUGUGUAUAUCUGCUUCCUAAUUUUC